CAGCCGGGUCCUUCUUCCUCCUGCUGCAGCCGGUGCUCUGGAAGCUUCUGAACGGGACCGGGUGGCGACACCUUAAUCUGAGUCCAUCCGAAGCCGAACCGCGGUAUUCCAUCUCCAGGACUCAUCAGUCUCGCUCUGAAGACUUCCCUUAACAUUUUCCAUCGAUUAGGAAGAGGCGAUGCCCGAAGCAAUGGCUGCACCGAAAGCCUCAAACGCAGGCAAAAACAAAGGAGGGGCGUAUGUGGACCGCGACAAGCCGGCCCAGAUUCGGUUCAGUAACAUUUCUGCUGCCAAAGCUGUUGCAGAUGCCAUCAGAACAAGUCUGGGACCAAAAGGCAUGGACAAGAUGAUCCAGGAUGAGAAAGGUGACGUGACCAUUACCAAUGACGGGGCCACCAUCCUCAAGCAGAUGCAGGUGCUCCACCCGGCUGCCAAAAUGCUGGUGGAACUGUCCAAAGCGCAGGAUAUCGAGGCUGGUGAUGGCACCACCUCUGUUGUAGUGAUUGCUGGAGCUCUGCUGGAUGCCUGCUCCAAACUGCUGCAGAAAGGUAUCCACCCAACCAUCAUCUCCGAGUCCUUCCAGAAGGCCGUGGAUAAGGGCGUGGAGGUGCUGACAGCCAUGAGCCGGCCCGUGCAGCUGAGCGACCGUGAGACGCUGCUCAACAGCGCCACCACAUCGCUGUGCUCUAAGGUGGUGUCGCAGUACUCCAGUCUGCUGGCACCCAUGAGCGUGGACGCUGUUAUGAGAGUCAUCGAACCCGCCACAGCCACCAGCGUCGACCUGCAGGACAUCAAAAUCAUCAAGAAGCUUGGAGGGACCAUUGAUGACUGUGAGCUGGUGGACGGUCUGGUGCUGACACAGAGGGUGGCCAACACCGGUGUGACCCGUGUGGAGAAGGCCAAAAUCGGCCUCAUCCAGUUCUGCCUGUCCCCUCCCAAAACUGAUAUGGACAACCAGAUCGUGGUCUCAGACUACGCCCAGAUGGACCGUGUGCUGCGGGAGGAGCGCGCUUACAUCCUCAACUUGGUGAAACAGAUCAAGAAGGCUGGCUGCAAUGUGCUGCUCAUCCAGAAGUCCAUCCUUAGAGAUGCUCUGAGUGACCUCGCCCUGCAUUUCCUCAACAAGAUGAAGAUCAUGGUGGUGAAAGAAAUCGAGAGGGAGGACAUCGAGUUCAUCUGCAAGACUAUCGGCACCAAGCCCAUCGCCCACAUCGACCACUUCACCCCAGAAAUGCUGGGCACAGCAGAGCUGGCAGAGGAGGUCAAUCUGGACGGCUCCGGCAAACUGAUUAAGAUCACAGGCUGCUCCAGCCCCGGGAAGACAGUGAGCAUCGUCGUUCGGGGCUCUAACAAGCUGGUGAUCGAGGAGGCAGAGCGCUCCAUCCAUGAUGCACUGUGUGUCAUCCGCUGCCUGGUCAAGAAGAGAGCUCUGAUAGCUGGCGGCGGUGCUCCUGAGAUCGAGCUGGCUGUGCGUCUGGCAGAAUACUCCCGCACCCUGGGUGGUAUGGAGGCUUACUGCGUGAGGGCGUAUGGUGACGCCCUAGAGGUCAUCCCCUCGACGCUCGCUGAGAAUGCCGGCCUGAACCCCAUCUCCACUGUGACGGAGCUCCGCAACAGACAUGCACAGGGAGACAAGAUGGCCGGCAUCAACGUCCGCAAGGGAGGAAUCUCCAACAUCCUGGAGGAGCUGGUGGUGCAGCCUCUCCUGGUUUCCAUCAGUGCUCUGACGUUGGCCACAGAGACGGUCCGCAGUAUCCUCAAGAUCGACGAUGUUGUGAACACCCGAUAAGUCUGUCCAGUGAGUUCUGUCAUGAAGCCUGCUCGUACUGCGAGGGAUCAGAGGACUCUGUCGACGUCAGUCUGUUCAGAUUUCCGCUGUAGUUGUUACGUUGCCUAAUUUAAUAAACAAAGGCUUGUUUUUUUUUUGUUGACACUCCA